CUAACUCCUUUUCUCACUCGCUGUGCGAGCAAGCGAGAGAGAUCUUCGUUCUCUUUAUAGGGUUUUCCCCUCGAAUUUUCACACCUCGAUCGUCCCUCCCUUUUCUUCAUUUAAUUUUCUACAAAUCUCUUUGAUUUCUUCGAUCUUUGAAGAACCUGUCAAGACCUCGAUCUCUUUCUUCGCUUUUUUGCCUAGGGUUUCUGCUCCUUAUUCAUAGAUUUUACUCUCUUUUUUUCUCGUUUUCUUAGCUUCAAUCUCUGUAAAAGAGCUGGAAUCCUUCUUCGCCACUCCUUUCGAGCAGUAGAUGGAGACAUGGCAUUUAUGGAGAUUACGAUCUUUUGAAAAUUAGAUAAUGAAGUUGAAGAUCAACAAGGCCUGCGAUCUGAACUCCAUUUCUGUCCUUCCACCACAUUCUAGGAGAGGAAACGCAAUCCCACCAGGAGCAGAUACUUCGGUUUUUGGUAAAAGCCAAGGUUCUUCACAGUUCCGAUCGUGUUCGCAACAGUCAUUUUCACAGGGCAUGUCAAUGUCUCAGAUCUCACAGAAUUCUCAAGAGGAAAUUGUGACAAGUGAACAUAGAUUUGGUUCUCAAGACAACUCAUUGAAGAGGAUUUCUUGCUUGGUGCCUGUUACUUACACGCGAGAAGAUACUUAUUGA